UUCUAAACUAUCGGUCUGCUGUAGCAUUGAGCAUCUUAUCUGACGCGAACAGGUUCAUCAAAGGAACUGGAUGACCAAAUCUUUGGUAAACGGGGAAACUAUUAAUUUGAUGACUCCCCAGUUCCGGAAUUUAAAAAGUAAAGUCACAUAAUAGGUUAUGUGACAGUCUGGGGUGUUAGUGUCGACCGUUUCCAAAGUUCCUGAAGCCGAAAACUUCACUUGGACUUAAAGAGAAAGAGAUAAUGAUCCUUCAAAGAGACCGACUCCCACAUCUAUAAAAAAGAAUGAUGUCUUACAUCAGUGGUGGAUGGUGGAGAUGGAAGUUCCGGAAGGUCCUUCUGCUCGUCUUACUCCAGGUGUGCUUAGCGACAUCAGUGCUGAGCUGUCAGGUCGACUGCAAUCAGGUUCUCACGGCCCCCCUGGGAUCCUUCACGUCCCCCUGUUACCCCGGUGACUACCCAAAAAGCUUGGCCUGCAAGUGGACGUUACAGGCCCCGGCGGGCUUCGUGGUGCAGUUGACGUUCGCAGACUUUGAGCUGGAGGAGGCCCUGGGGUGCAUCUACGACCGCGUGACCGUGAACACCGGUAGCAAUGACGUCAAGUUCUGCGGCAUCACCGCACAUGGCCUCACCCUGAACUCCACCGGAAACGUGAUGGAGUUGUCCUUUAACUCGGACUUUAGCGUCCAAAAGAAAGGCUUCAAUAUCACUUAUAGGCAAGUUGCCGUGGCACUGAGGAACCAGAAGGUAAGAAUACCUCAAGGCAACAAGGACUUCGCGCAGGCCUCGUCCCACAUCCCCAUGCCGACCCUUCAGCAGUUCACCUUCUGCUUCGAGAUCGCCAGAGACAAACAGAAAAACAAGGAGACCAUAUUCUCUUACGAGAAAAGCGGCACCGACAUUCUCGUCUUCGGCAUGUCUGAGACGCAAAUGGCCCUGACCAUCAACUCUGUGGAGUGCGGCCUGGGCACCAUUUUGAACCAGAGCGACUUCACGUCGACCAUGAAACCCUUCUGCUUCACCUGGUCCAGCACGUCGGGGCGCGUGGCCAUGUACUCCAACGGCUACAGGACCAAGUCGUGCGCCGGCUCCAAGCUGCAGACGCUGGACGGAGGGGGGGACUUCAGGCUCGGAGCGAGAAGCCACGGUUUCCACGGAGACCUGUACAACUUUCGCCUGUGGGAUUACGCCAUGACCAGAGCUCAACUCACGGACCUCACGUGCGACGUCGUGGGCAACGUCCUGGACUGGGAGAACAGCUACUGGGAUAUCCCCUCGUCUCACGCGCAAACGGACAGUUCGUUGAGUUGCAUCUGUUUCCCAAAUUGCACACAUUUAACAACAGCUGUGCCAUCUAGUGGUACAGCCACACCCACGCCUACUUCCCCCACCACAAGCUGCGCUUCCUCUGGAAUGGGGUGCCCAGCAUCCACUGUCACCACUAGCACAGCACCCACUGUCUCUACUAGCACGACUGGUACUAAUCCAACAAGCACCGUCCAGUCUACCACAACUUCUGUCACCACUAGCACACCUUUAACCAGCAUAUCUACAGAUGUUCAGUCAACAUCCACGUCAUCUGCCACCACAACUAGCAUGACAACAUCCCCGACCACAACCCCUGCAUCCACUGUCACCACUAGCACAGCACCCACUGUCUCUACUAGCACGACUGGUACUAAUCCAACAAGCACCGUCCAGUCUACCACAACUUCUGUCACCACUAGCACACCUUUAACCAGCAUAUCUACAGUUCAGUCAACAUCCACAUCACCUGCCACCACAACUAGUAUGACAACAUCCCCAACCACAACCCCUGCAACAAUAUUAACUUCUGCUACAGCAUCCGCUGUCUCUACUAGCACGACUGGUACUAAUCCAACAAGCACCGUCCAGUCUACCACAACUUCUGUCACCACUAGCACACCUUUAACCAGCAUAUCUACAGAUGAGGGACUUUACUACAGACUCUCCUUUCUUGUAAAUGACAACCAGGCAAGGAUUUCAGAAAUGGAGGUAGAGCAGAUUAUCGCACUUUGGCUUAAUCAAACAUUACAAAACUGGACAUACAGCAUGUAUGUCGUUAAUGUCAGCAUUCAGCUUUCUGAUGUUGAUGGUAAAUCCAGUGACACCAAACGGUACACCGGCCAAGCCCUGCUGAUUUACAAAUACACCAUGGAGAGCCCACUGGAAGAGGCGGCCAUCGAGGGCAGGUUGCUGAAGAGAAACCUGACCGCCGAGAGCGACCUGGUGCUGGAUGGCCUCGUUGUCGAGGCCGUGGAAAACUGUGAUGCAGAAGAAAAGCCCACACACUACAACUGGCCGGAAAGCAGGCCAACAGUAACCCAGUUUGCCCCCUGCUUCCCCAACAAGGCCCUGAAUGCCUCCAGAACUUGCAUGUUAAACCUGCACAACUAUACUUCGUUUUGGGACUCUCCUGACUUCACCAAUUGCACUGAUAUAGACGGGAUUGAGGUAUCCGCAGAAAAUGCGGCAGAAGUGGUCACGCAGCUGGCUGACAUAACACAAAAAGAGCUCUCGACCAACGAGGUCUCCAAGGUGGUCACCAAGCUGAAAGAAAUAGUCAAUGUGGCGAAGAUCAACGCGUCCCUGGCAACAAGCAUGGUGACCGUCUUCUCUAACGUGAUGACAAGCUCUGACAAGGUCCUGGUGGGCGCCUCAGAACUGGCCCUGAAGACCGUGGAGGAGAUGGUCCAGAAGAUAGUGUUUGAAGGGCCGUCUCUGAGUAUCACUUCCCAGAACCUGGCCCUGGGAAUCUCUGCUCUCAACACCAGCGAUUAUAAUGGGACUUCCUUCAGCGCAUUCAUGUCCCCCGACACAGCUGACGUUCAGAUUGAUUUCGAGGCUGAGCAGCGGAAUCCGCUGGCAGCAGUCACGCUCCCGCCCACUUUAUUGAGUGACCUCAGCGAUGCAGACGUGGAGCUGAUCUCCCGGAUAAACUUCAUGUUCUUCAGUAAGACUGGGCUGUUUCAGGAUCAAACAUCUAACGGACUGAACCUAAGUAGCUUUGUUGUAGCUAGCAGUGUGGGCAAUCAGACCAUUCGAAACCUUCCGGACCCUGUGCAAAUAGAGAUUGUACACUUGCAAAACCAGUCAAAUCCAAAGCCUGUGUGUGUGUUUUGGGAUUUUUCCAUCAAAGAUGGCAACGGCGGGUGGAACAGUGAUGGCUGUACAGUCAGCCCUGAAUCCAACGAGUACAAGACCAUCUGCCUCUGCGACCACCUCACACACUUCGGCAUUUUAAUGGACAUCUCUGGAUCCGCAGAAAAGAUGGAUGCCCAGAACAACAAGAUCCUCACCUUCAUCACCUACAUCGGCUGUGGCAUCUCCGCCAUUUUCUCAGCCGCCACGCUGCUCACCUAUAUUGCCUUUGAGAAACUGCGCAGGGACUACCCAUCCAAGAUCUUGAUGAACCUCAGCACCUCGCUCCUCUUCCUCAACAUGGUGUUCCUCCUGGACGGCUGGCUGGCGUCCUCCGACAAGGAGGGACUGUGCGUGGCUGUGGCGGUGUUCCUGCACUACUUCCUGCUCACCUCCUUCACCUGGAUGGGCCUGGAGUCCGUCCACAUGUACAUCGCCCUGGUCAAGGUCUUCAACACCUACAUCCGGAGAUACAUCCUCAAGUUCUGCAUCGUGGGAUGGGGGCUGCCUGCUACCAUUGUAGCUAUCGUGGUAGCCAUCGACAGGAAGUUCUAUGGGAAGGAGUUCUAUGGAAAAGAGAAGAAUGGCCAAGGCUCUUCUGAGUUCUGUUGGAUUAAGAGCCAGCUGAUCUUCUACAUCACGUGCGUGGGCUACUUCUGCGUGGUGUUCCUGCUGAACGUGGCCAUGUUCAUCGUGGUGAUGAUGCAGAUCUGCGGCCGCAACGGCAAGCGCAGCAACCGCACGCUGCGGGAGGAGGUCCUGCGCAACCUGCGCAGCGUGGUCAGCCUCACCUUCCUGCUGGGCAUGACCUGGGGCUUCGCCUUCUUCGCCUGGGGCCCUGUCAACCUGGCCUUCAUGUACCUCUUCUCCAUCUUCAACUCCCUGCAAGGGUUAUUUAUCUUCAUAUUUCAUUGUGCAAUGAAGGAAAAUGUUCAAAAGCAAUGGAGGAGAUAUCUGUGCUGCGGAAAAUUCCGUCUGGCUGAAAAUUCAGACUGGAGCAAGACUGCCACCAACAACACGAAGAAGGUCAGCUCUGAUAACAUAGGGAAGUCCCUCUCCUCGAGCUCUUUUGGCUCCAGCACCGCUAACUGGACCUCCAAGGCCAAAGCAUCACUCAACCCGUUCACAAAGAGGAGCAGCAACACAGGUAAAGGUUACGCCAUCCAGACAAGCCCCAAAUUCAGUCCCGCCGUUGGGGAUCCCUCCUCUUCCAUCAUCCCUGUGCACCAGGUCAUUGACAAGGUGAAAGGCUACUGCUCGGUCCGCUCCGACAACUUCUACAAGAACAUCAUCAUGUCGGACAGCUUCAGCCACAGCACCAAGUUCUAGACCCGCCACCCGCCUCACCCCCCGCCUCAUUCGCCAUCAGAAGAGUCCGCUAAAGUCCGUCGAGUUGCCGUAGAUGCGCUUGCAACACAGAAUGCAGAGCUAAAGGAAUAUACUGUAUGCGCGCUGUGCAAUGCCAAGAUAACCAACGAAACACCAGCCAGGGAAACACGAAACGCAACGCGAUAGAUCUAGAGAUCCGUACGCAGGAAGUAGUGCAAGCUUGUCUUUUACAUACUGUGAUGUUAAACUUAAAACUGGUUACAUGUUACAUGUUCUGUAAAUAUAACGUUUUUGUGCCUUUUCUAAUUGCUUUUUGUUCAUAUAGCUAUUUUUUUUGUAUUUUGUUUGUUUGGUUUUUUAUUUUGCACAUACAGUGAGACGUGUCUUGUUUUGAGAGCCUGCUGCCCAUACCAGAGAUAGGAAGGCUGAACUCCAUUUAUGGGCAGGGAAUAAGGGAGAGAGGGAAGCUAUUUAAAAAGAAAAGUUCUGGGGCAUGUAGAACCCACAGAGACUGUUUAAAAUAUGCAAGUCAUAGAGCUACAGCACUGUUGGCUUCUGAAAGGGAACUAUCCACCGCCCCUUUCCUGUUUUUAUUUGUGAAUCUUUAUUUUGCUGGGAGGCACUGCGUGUUGUCAUGACCUUUAGAAAAAAGGAAAUAUUGCAAAAAUAUUCUCAUGUUGGUCAACUUUCAACUUAUUACAGUUGUUAAUGUUCAUAGUGUUUUUUGUUUUUUUUUCCGCUUUUGCCUGCAGGUUCUCUGCUUCUAUGUGACACAUUCAAUAGAGGUGUAUGUCUGUUAUUCAUGCAAUGUUGUUUCUUCCUAUUGGAUUUCAAUGCAAGUUGACUGACCCGUGACACACAAAGAUAUCUCAUUAUGUUCUCAAAAUCUUUUUUUCCCCAGCAUCAUUUCAUCAAAUCACUCCAUUAUAGCAGCCCGUCCUGCAAGCCUUGCUGUGUAUCUUGAGUGUUGGUUGCACAAAUGUCACUUGAAGAAACACACUUUGUCUCUCCCAUAAGCUUGCUAGGUACACUGGACAUGUCUAUAUUUUAAAUGACGCAACCAUGGAAACAAGUUUUCUUCUGUAUAUGUGUAACAAUAGAACAAAAAUCCCUUUUAAUAUUAUUUUUGUAUUUAUUUCUGUGUGGAAAAAUGGCCAUAGUGAUUACGCUGAAACAAGCCUGCCAUAAGACCAUAGAUAAGUGUGUGAAUAAUAUGCUGCCAAUGGAUAAUUCUCAAGAGAGCAGUUGGCUUGGAGAGAAAGAGAGAGAGGGAGCAAAAGAUUUGAAGUUUCUUCUGAUGAAUCUGGGCAGGCAAAGUAGGGGCAAGCGUUUUUUGGAUGAAAACCUGCAAUUGCUCUUUUUCCAACACCCAUAAAAACAUGUUUCACAGCUAUAUGCCAGCUAGGAUUAAAUGUAUCACUUUAAAAAUGUUCGGCUGCCUCUUUAGGUAAGUAUUUAUUAUACUCUAAAUUCAGUAAAAUGUAUGUUAUAAGUGAUUAAACAAAUAUUAUGAAUUCAAUGGAUAUGUACAGUAUAGUUAGGAUUCUUGAUGGUAUUCUUGUUAUUCUAUAUUUGUCAAGUUGUAAAUUUACUUAUUGGUCCACAAAUGUUUGAAUGAGAAAAGCUUUCUUUCUAUUCCAAAAAAAGUGACAUAAGAUAAUUAUCAUGUUAAAUAACAAUCUAGAAAACAGUUUCAAAAAAGGUUAAUUACAAAACUAGAAUUAAAUUAAGUUAACUUAGCUCAUAGUGCUUAACAUACAGUAGUUUGGGGAAGAAUCCAGAAGUCAUAUUAAGGUACAGAAGAGUACGUACAGGAAUGCAAUCAGAUUAUUAAUGACAAUCAAAAGAAUUGCCUAAUCUUGAAGAGGCAGAUGAACCUGAAAUAAAGAUAAAACAUCUCUGAAAAGCCAUGCAUGAAUGACCAUUUAUGAGUUCUGCAUGUGCCACAUACUGUACUGUAAGGUGUAGAUUACACCUGACACAUGCAGGCCUAUUGUGCCUAUCCAGGUUCUUUUCUCAUAGUUAAUAUUCACUGGUCCUGACAAAAUAUUGUCUGUAGAUUAUGAUUAUAUGACCAUGUAUUGCAGUAGAUCACCUCAUAAAGUCAGGAUUGUAGUGCAAGGAAUAAAAAUAAUAUUGCAUAUGUGUGAACAUAAAGAUUGAACACCCACAGUAAAAAUUUACACAGAACUAAUGCACAUUCACGAGUGGAAGCUAUGAACAGCAACAGGAUCGAUAGAAUUAAAAUAACAUAGCUGAAACGUAAUUUUUUAUUGUAUUCUAUGGUCCAUGGUCCAGAUUCAAUGUAUAUCUGGAAUGAACAUUAUACAACAGCAUUUUCACAUGUUAUACGCUGUUAUGUGUCUGGUUCUGAGUAGGGUUGACAGCAUGGUUCAGUGUGAAUGUUGCAUUCUGGGAAGGACAAUUCCAUGUUCCCUAAUGAAAUAUUAUAAAAGUUUGUAAUUAUAAUUUCAUCAAAUUAUAUACCAUACUCCCAUUUCUGAUUUAUAAAUAUCUCAAUCAUUACAUUUUUUUAUAAAUGUGCAUUAUUAACUGACUGAAUAUGCUUCUUCUGUAGUUACUGUUGCAUGGAAAUCAAUACCUUUAUAUUACUGUAUGAACAAAUUAGGCCUUUAAAAUUUAAACUCAUUUUGAUAUUUGUUUUAUAAUCCCUUUAGUCUUUUAUUUACCCCAGAAUGUUAUCCACCAAUUGCACCCUUACCUAUGUAUCCCAACUUUGGUACUGUGCAUAUCUGUAUGCAUAGGGUACUUAGACAUAUUGAAUAUUUAAUAUCAAUGAUCUAUUUAUGGUUUAAAGUCAUAUUAUAGAAACACACAUUUACUUCAUCCAUGAAAGAGAAUGGUUAUAUGACCAAUCCUUAUCAGAUAUGAUUUAGUCAGUAGUUUUCUCAAGAGUCAUAGCUAGACAAUGAUGAUGUCUGACAAGCCAGCUCCACAUUAUGUAAAGUAUGUGUUUUAAGUGAAGGUCAAUUAGUCCUGACAUAAAAGUUAUCAAAAUGAUUUAUUCUGAUUACUUUUGCUUGGCAUAUUUUUUUGUUGCUAUUAUUCAGUCUAUUUAUGGACUGUAGCUAUUGUGUAGCCGGUUUGCAUUGAGUUGGAAGCAGCAUAGCAAACCCUACAGGUGAAAUAAGCACAAACAGCUCUUACACACACACACACAUACACACACACACACACACACACACACACACACAUAUGUGCAAACAUAUGCAAACACAAACACACACAUGUACACACACACAUACACACACAGCUGUACAGUAUCAUGUCAUGAAAGUGCUGUAAUCUUUGUGGAAUAUGUAUGUUCGAUCUAGGGAUACUUCCUGCAACUCUAUCUCAUGAAUUUCCAAUAAAGCUGUUACAACAUGCA